AUGACCAAGAGGCUGGCUACUGCCUCCACUGCCAAGCUGAUACCUCCAUUUACUCUUCAAACAGCCAUUGCCAAGGUACAACGAGGCGAGGAUCUCUGGAAUACAAGGAAUCCAGAACUUGUUGCGAAAGCUUACACUCCUGAUUGCAUAUGGCGAAACAGGCAUCAAUUCAUCAAAGGAACAUCUGACAUCAAAACAUUCCUUGCCCUAAAAUGGAAGAGGGAACAAGACUACAUCCUGAAGAAAGAAUUAUUCAUUUUCUCGGAUGAUCGUAUCGCUGUACAGUUUUGGUAUGAGUAUCAUGAUGGUCGCUAUAAUUGGUUUCGUGCUUAUGGACUCGAGCAUUGGUAUUUCAAUGAUGAUGGACUGAUGAAGGAACGACGAGCUUCAAUCAAUGAUUUGGGAAUCAAAGACUGUGACCGUUGGUUUGUGAAUGGAUCGAAAACUCGUGGUGAGGAUCCAGCUGGGUAG